CUGAUUGGCUGUAAGUGCGGGAGGGGAGGGCCGGAGAGCCCGGAGCGGGAGAAGCGGCUCCGCUCAGAAUCAUCAUGCUGCUGCUGAUCUGCCGGAGCAGGAGGCGGAGGAGCAGCACCACCAGCGGCAGCGGCACGCAGAGUCCCCGAUCCCGGGCACAGGGAGGGCAGCAACCGCUGGGAGAGUCCCCGGGCAGAGGGAGAGCAGCAGCCGCUGGCAGAGCCCCCGAUCCCGGGCACAGGGAGGGCAGCAGCCGCUGGGAGAGACCCCGGGCAGAGGGAGAGCAGCAGCCGCUGGCAGAGCCCCCGAUCCCUGGCACAGGGAGGGCAGCAGCCGCUGGGAGAGUCCCCGGGCAGAGGGAGAGCAGCAGCCGCCAGCAGAGUCCCCUAUCCCGGGCGCCUGGAAAGUAGCAGCCGCCGGCAGGCAGAGCCCCCGGGCCAUCACCACCACCUGGCUGCCCCCAUGCCCCCGCAGCUGCCCCCCGUCCUCUCCUGACUCCGCGGCCAGCAUGGGGGACGGAGCCGGCUGGGAGUCCCCGGACUGCAGCAGGAACCGCAGCUGCCUCCCGUCCUCCGUGCAGCCCCCCCAGGAGGUGCCCCAGCAGUGGGCAGCGGGCAUGGCCGUGCUGAUGGCCACCAUCAUCCUGCUCAUCCUGCUGGGCAACGUCAUGGUGAUCGCGGCCAUCGCCCGCAACCAACGGCUGCAGACCCUGACCAACGUCUUCAUCACCUCGCUGGCCUGCGCCGACCUCAUCAUGGGCCUGUUCGUGGUGCCCCUGGGGGCCACCCUGGUCAUCAGCGGCAGCUGGCUGCAUGGCUCCAUCUUCUGCGAGUUCUGGACCUCGGUGGACGUGCUGUGCGUGACGGCCAGCAUCGAGACCCUCUGCGUUAUCGCCAUCGAUCGCUACAUCGCCAUCACUUCGCCGUUCCGCUACCAGAGCCUGCUGACCAAGGCCCGGGCCAAGGGCAUCGUCUGCACCGUCUGGGCCAUCUCCGCCCUGGUCUCCUUCCUGCCCAUCAUGAUGCACUGGUGGAGGGACACAGAGGACCCGGUGGCCCUGAGCUGCUACCAGGACCCCGGCUGCUGCGACUUCGUCACCAACCGGGCGUACGCCAUCGCCUCCUCCAUCAUCUCCUUCUACGUGCCACUGGUGGUCAUGGUCUUCGUCUACAUGCGGGUCUUCAGGGAAGCCAAGAAGCAGAUGAAGAAGAUAGACCGGUGCGAGGGCAGGUUCUACCACCACCAGCAUGGCCUGGGCAUGGCCAGGUCCAGCAGGAGGAGGCUGUCCAAGGUGAUGGUGGCCAAGGAGCAGAAGGCCCUGAAGACACUGGGCAUUAUCAUGGGCACCUUCACCCUCUGCUGGCUUCCCUUCUUCCUGGCCAACAUUGUCAACGUCUUCUACAGAGACCUCAUCCCAGACAAACUCUUCCUCUUCCUCAACUGGCUGGGCUAUGUCAACUCAGCCUUCAACCCCAUCAUCUACUGCAGGAGCCCGGAUUUCAGGAAAGCCUUCAAGAGGCUCCUCUGCUGCCCCAGGAAGGCUGAUAGGAGGCUGCAUGCCACUGGCGAGCUUUCUCACUGCUCUGGUGGAUUUGCCAACUCUUUGGAUACCUAUGCACUGGGGACCUGGUCUGACUGCAAUGGAACCCAGCUGUCCCUGGACCCAGCCUAGUCUUCUUACCUGGUCAGGAGUACCUGCUGGCACUGCAGAUAGAGGGGAUCCAGAGACCCAGGUGGGUGGCUUUCCCCCGUCUCUAAUCUGGACGUCUAUAAAGCACUUUCCGGCAGCAGGAAGCCCCCCUGUGAGGGAUGGUCUGCUCAGGGAUAUUGCAGGACUUCUGUGGAUCUCAGUCAGCUUAUUCCACUCUACACCCGCAGAGGGUAAGGUCAGGCUGCUUAGAACCCAUGCACAGUCCAACCACACCCAUGCCUGGGUGUGAGAGGGCUCUGGGUGCCCCUACCAUGUUGGCACUGGAUGCCCCACAGACACGGUGCCUCUGUACUGUACCCUCAUGUGGCACUUGCACUUACUUCUAUAGGACUUGUUGAUGGGUCUCUUAUUACAGUGUGCUAUAUAUCACCCGGCAGAAUGAAUGUGGGACAGUGGAUGUAGGGGGUACAUUUAUAGAAUAGCCCCCUGUCUCUGAAAGAGAUACCUAUUGCAUUGCUCUAUUGCACAAACAUGGGGUUAAACCUUUGUAUUCCUGUAAUUUAUUUGUCUGGUGACAUUAAACCCUCUACCUCAGGCUGUGCACAUUGCACACACUUAUAUCCUAUGUUUAUAUUAAACAGACUUUAUAGCAGGGCACUGACUGUCCCAGUACAUAGAGUACCCUGGGGGCUACAUGGCUGAGUGGAUGCAUGCAAGGGGUUAACUAUGGGAUUUGCCUUUCUCACAGUGUUAUGUAACAAAACUAAUACAUUCCGACUCAUGUAUCACAGUGUAUCACCAUACACCUGCUUUCAUGCAUCUGUCGGAGGCAUUCCGCAGCUAUUGUGGCACUACAAGUCUCACCACCCCCCUGACAUGGCACGCUGGGACUUGUAGUUCCACCCCAGGUGGUUUAGAUUAAAUACAGCUAGUGGCUACUUUAAUCUUAUGCAAACUCCACGCACAAUGUAACCCCUUAACUGCUGCCGCUCUCACCCUCCUCUGCAGACAAUGGCUCAACAAGUUAUUAGAAUUGCAAAUCUGCCCCAAUCCCCCUGGUUGUACCCCUAUGGGGUAUUGCCACAAUCUGGUAUUGAUCUAAAUUAUCACUUUCCUUGUCUUCUGUGUGCACUGAGUCUUGUAGGUGCAAUAAUGGGAUGUGCGACACAACCUAUGUAUUGUGUCACAGCUAUAGUACCUGUCAGACUUCCAAUAAAGAACUAGUGUUUGGAUACA